AUGUCGAACUUCAUACACAAAGUCAAGGAUGCCAUGAGUGACCCGCAUGACAGGAAUACAGGCCGCGGCUUCAAAUCUUCCAACAAAUUCGACGAUACCGGCGAUAACUACGGAUCCGCUAACCCCCCCGCAAUGAAUCAAAACCCGAACCAGUACAAUUCCGGUGGCAUGGGCACCAACACUUAUGGCUCUGGCGCUGGCUCUGGUCCCGGCUCUGGCACUGACUCUGGCUUUGGGUCUGGUGGUUAUCAAGACCCCAAGUUUGACGAUACCCGGAACACAGGUGGUUCGAUCAACCCUCUGAUGGGGAACAGGGCCGGUAACACCGGCUCCGAUACCUACGGAUCGAACAGAAUGGGUGGUGAUGGUCAAAUCAAUGCUGGCCCGCAUGAUUCGAAAUUGGCCAAUAAGUUGGACCCUCGCGUCGAUAGUGACCUAGAUAACCGCGGCAAAUUCGCUGGAAACACCGCUCCCCAAAACACCGGCGGUGUUACUGGUGGAUUUAACCCCAAUACUGCAGGCUCCAUGCAACAGCCCGGAAUGCAAGGUUCCGACAACCAUACGACUAGCGAGGAAAACUACAGCACCUCCACGCAGGAGCACAAGUCGCAAUCCUCUACUAGCCACACCACGCCCGGCCAGAUGGGUUCCCAGGCCCAGCCAGGCCUUGGCGCCGGUGGUCAGACAAACUUGGGCGGUGGCCAGCCAGACUUCGGCGGCGGCGCCGCACCUGGUGGCAGUAGCUACAACGACAACAUGUCAGGCAUGAGAGGCCCAGCUGGUGCUCAAAACACCGACCCGAUGAACAAACUUGACCCUAGAGUCAACCGCUCGAACGAGCAGCAAAACACUAUCGGUAACCAGCGGGGAGCGUACUAG